AUGACUGGAAUGAGUGAUAGCGGCUUAGAUAAAACAACCAUUAUUCAGCAAGCAAUAGCCUCUUGUUGUGGAGCUAUAAUUACAUCAUUAUUUGUAACUCCUCUUGACGUUAUAAAAACUCGACUGCAAGCCCAAAGCAAUCCAUUCUCCAAAGGAAAGUGUUUUGUAUACUCCAGGGGUCUUAUGGAUCACAUAUGUGUUUGUGAGAAUGGGGACAGCAAAGCAUGGUAUAAAAAACCUGGGCAUUUCAAAGGGACAUUGGACGCAUUUGUGAAGAUUAUUCAAGUAGAGGGAAUUAAAUCGCUGUGGAGUGGACUUCCCCCAACACUAAUAAUGGCACUUCCUACCACUGUAAUCUAUUUCACCUGCUGUGACCAACUGAGUGAAGCUCUGAAAUCUAGACUGGGAAAGGACGAUGAACACAUUGCAGUUCUUGCAGGUUCCUUAAGCAGAUUAGCUGCAGUUACCAUGGUGAGCCCCCUGGAGCUGAUCAGAACUAGAAUGCAGUAUCGCAAGUUGUCCUACAAGCAACUCUGCACGUGCAGCAGUAAAGUGGCUACAGAUGGGUGGUUUUCCCUGUGGAGAGGCUGGAGUUCUACUAUUCUGAGAGAUGUACCUUUCUCAGCAAUGUACUGGUAUAAUUAUGAAUGUUUCAAGAAGAUGAUGUAUAAGGAAGUUGGUGCACAUGAACCAACAUUUUUUAUUGCUUUUACUUCAGGAGCAGCAUCUGGCUCUAUCGCAGCUGUCAUAACUCUGCCAUUUGAUGUAGUGAAAACACAUAGGCAGACUGAACUUUGGGAGUGUGAGACCUUAAAAAUUCCACAGAGGGAGUGUACAUCAACCUGGGCAGUUAUGAGGAAAAUUUUCGCUAAAAACAGGAUUACUGGAUUAUUUGCUGGUAUUGUGCCACGGCUGUUUAAAGUUGCUCCUGCUUGUGCCAUCAUGAUCAACAUAUAUGAAUAUGGAAAGUCUUUCUUUUCUCAUUUAAAUGAAAAAACGAACCAAUGUCCUUAA